CGAGAGCCGGGAAGCUCUGUGUAUUACCUAGUAGUGCUGGCAUAGACUGAGGAGGAGUUGUGUCUGUCGCCCGCUGCUCUCCUCUGCAGUAACGUCCCGUUGUACGGUAUUCUCAGCUGCACGGAGCUCUGAGCCGGGAAUGGAGGUGAGGGAAGCCGGUUUGCGCCGCCAGGCCGUCAAGAGGCACCUUCAUAAGCACAACCUGAAGCACCGCUAUGAGUUCCUGGAGUCUCUGGGGAAAGGCACGUACGGCACGGUGAAGAGAGCCCGCGACAAGCAGGGGAAGGAGGUGGCCAUUAAGUCUAUCCGCAAGGACCGUAUAAAAGAUGAGCAGGAUAUGCUACAUAUUCGACGAGAGACUGAGAUUAUGAGCUCCCUGUGCCAUCCUCAUAUCAUUUCUAUAUAUGAAGUGUUUGAAAACAGCAGCAAAAUAGUGAUUGUGAUGGAGUACGCAAGCCAAGGUGAUCUGUACGAUUAUAUCUGCGAGCGCCAGCGGCUCAGCGAACAAGAGGCAAGGCGCUUCUUCAGGCAGAUUGUGUCUGCUGUUCAGUACUGUCAUGCGAAUGGGAUUGUACAUCGGGAUAUCAAGCUAGAAAACAUUCUUCUGGAUGAAAACAAAAAUGUGAAGAUUGCAGAUUUUGGCCUUUCCAACAUUUACCACUCAGACAGCCAUCUUCAGACCUACUGUGGCAGUCCGCUGUAUGCAUCUCCAGAAAUAGUCAAUGGCAGGCCAUAUAUCGGACCAGAGGUCGAUAGCUGGUCCCUAGGAGUUCUGCUCUACAUUCUGGUCCAUGGUUGCAUGCCCUUUGAUGGGCAGGAUUACAAAAAGUUAGUGACCCAAAUCAGCUGCGGUGCCUACAAAGAGCCAAGCCACCCCUCAGAUGCAUGCGGACUUAUUCGAUGGCUUCUAAUGGUAAACCCUGAGAGGAGGGCCACCCUGACUGAUGUGGCCUCUCACUGGUGGGUGAAUUGGGGAUAUGAGCACUCACUUUGUGAACCAGAAUCGACCAAAGACACCCCAUUCUCAAUUGUUGGUGGAUGGCUUCGGAAAUCCUCCCGUCCUUUGUGGGAUAAUAGUGCGAAGAUGCGCUCGUUUUUACGGCAACAUCUUCCAGGGGCAACAGUAACCCGCCAACGUUCACUGAAGCGAUCUAAGAGGGAAAAUAUGAGUCGGGUAAUAACACCUCAGGACUCUCAGGAAAAGCCUCAUACUGUGCCACCUGCUCCUAAAAAAGGCAUUUUAAAGAAGCCUCAGCAGAGAGAGUCUGGCUAUUACUCCUCUCCUGAGCACAGUGAGGGUUCACCGAUGGGAGAGGAUGAUGAUUCUCCUGUAUUUACUGUGCCAACAAGUAUGGAAGCUUUGAAUACGGGUACAAAUGGACAAGAGGCAGCCACCAGUGUGGUUAGGAAAGGAAUUCUCAAGCGCAAUGGAAAGUUCUCUUCUGCUGGAGCAGCACCAGAGUUGUCUUUUGAUGCUGUAGACUGUUCUUUAAGGAAUGAAAAGUUACCUGUUGGCACGCUGGCUCGUGAGAAAGUACAGUCCACUGUUAGCCAAGAAAGCAUUCUUUCCACUGAGUCUUUUGAGUUACUAGACUUUCCCACUCGGUACAGAGAGCGUCCAAGAGGAAAAAAUAGAUCUAUGAGGGUUAGUAUCUCCGCAGAAGAUCUUCUGAAAUUAGACACAGAUGAGGACAAUGAAAAUGAUGGUCCCAGGCUCUGGGAUAUGGGAUGCUAUCGGGCACGGGUGGCAGAGAGCUGUCUGUCUUUAGGUGUGGCGGAAGAAGAAGCAAUGCAGGUUUACAGGACUGCGGUGCUCAUUGGUCGAGAGUUGAGCUAAGGUGCCUACUGUGUAUACUUGCUACCAUAAAGAGUCUUCUGAAGACAAAGGAGGAGCGGUCACAGAGGCCUUGCUUGGGACUCUCGAUGUUGCCUAAAACACCACCUAAGAAUGUCAAACUGUGUGAUGACAUUACGAUAGAAUCAAGGAGUGUAGUAUUUAAAAAGAAUAUAAAAGUGGCAACAACGGUGACAUCCUUCAAUGUUUGCACUGAGAGUCCGGGCACGCAAUGUGCUGCUUAGUUCAGGUUAAUCCCUUUACAAGCUGCUGCCUUAUCGUGAGCUUACCAUACAAGCAACAUACUGUAUUUGAUUGCAUAUUGAAUUGUGCAGGCUCAUACCUUGUAUAUCCUUAUUCUCUGUAUACCACAAAGGUUAUGAAUCCUUGGUGGAUAACAGUGACUUGAAUUUACUUCCUUGUGCCUUGGUUGAAACUUCCCUUUCUACUUGAAAAUACUGUAGCUACCAUGUAAUACCCCAGUGUACAUCCAAAGUCAAAGGUGAAAAACGAAGACACGGGUUAAGGGUUGUAACUAAAAUAAACUUGAUGGCACUAAAAACUGAAAGAGGUGGGAGAAUAUAAUUAGUCCAAGAAUUAUAGCUGGAGGGGUUCUAUAGAAACAUGAGUCAUUUCAUUUGCACAGUCUUUGGUCUUGGCCAAUAAUCCAGUGCAAACAAGUUUCCGUGUGUAAACAAGAAUGUGUGCGUGUUUGUAUGUAUAGCUGCGCACGCCCACACGACCUUGAGACAUGACGUGGAUAUUUUUUUUAAGGGAUAGAAAAAGAAAAGUCUUCAAACUAAUUGGCAAUGAAACUAUAAACAUGCCGGGAGCAAAACAACUCAACCCAACAUUUUUUUUCCAUCAUUUUUUAACUUAACUUUAUUUAUUCUUGUAUUGCUUUCUGAUGACUUACUUUUUUUUUUUUUUUUUCCCCUGACAAAUUUGCAUCGGUAGUGGCAACUUUAUUGCAUUUUAAUCUAAGUCUUAAUACUUGCAUCAAAACAAAGAAAUGUUUUUCAGUUUGUAUUCCUUAAGUGUUUCCAUUAGCCUUCUCCCUGCAAAAAAUGCACUUUCCUCUGCGGUAGUUUGGAAUUGGAGAGUGAAUUGCUAAGCAAGGUUCUCUCCUUUUGCUACUGGAGAGAAAUAAUGGAUCUUAGGGGCUGAUUCACACGACCAUGCUCCUUCCAGGAAACGCAGUCCAUGUGUCGGCCACAACUCUUGGACCCACCAUCGUUCCCCUGACCAGAACUGACUGCAUCAUAGAGAUUUAUGGUGCAGUCAGUUGCUAUCUAAUCGUGGGUCUAAUGUACUGUACUGAGAUAAUGUGAGUACAGUACAUUAGACCUGCGAUCAAAUAGCAACUCGCUGCACCAUAAAGCUCUAUGAAGCAGUCACUUUGUGUUAGGGAGUCUAGGUCAGUCUGGCAGAUGGGGCUGACACCACGGGCUGUGUUUCCCAGACUGAUCAUGGUUGUGUGAAUUGGCCCUUAGGCCCUUUUUACAAAAGGAGGAGUGUAAUAUUUCCUUAGGGAAUGUUUCCCUUCUCCUGAGUUGCAUUUCAAUCCUCUUAACGUAAAAAGAUGGUAGAACAUAUCUCCCAUUUGUAAUGUAAAAGGGGCCAUACACUGAAAAAAAGAUGAUGGAUGUACAAUAUAAGAAGGGAGCCUUUCAGAGAUCAGCAUUGUCUUUUUGGUAUGCUUAUUUUCUCCAUUUGGGUCCAGAUAUUUUCAGCAAAUUAAAACAGAUGUUAAAAA